CAAAAAUUCGUAGACCAAUAAAUUUUUGUCUCUUCGGAGACCAAUAUGGCCAGAGUCAACAGGAGCAGGAGAGACAUGGUAGCUCUAAAAUCUGCAUAACUUGAGAAGACUAAUUGCAUCAAAGGCCAUAAAAGAACCGAAACAAAGUUCUCGACUCGCGGGCCUUUUUCGAAAGCACUCAAAGUACCCUUCAUCGUGUAUUUUCAUGAUAUCUCAAGCAAAGCAUUUAUAUUUUGGUUUGGAUUAAAGUGUUCUCAGUUUUCGGAAUGAAAGUCUGUGAGUCUGAGUUUAGAAGCUAAUUCAGCUGGGCGGGAAGGUGUUCUCAGGGGUGUAAUUGAAGCUUCUGGGUCCAGUAUUCUUAUUAUUGAACAUUGAGAUAGUGAUUGCUGGUGAUCUUGAAGUUCCAGUAUACGAGAGGCAGUGACAUGGUGAUCAUUGAUGCGGCGAAACAGAUUAUGAUGGCAUUAAGGUCAAGAAAGAAUCUUACAGAUGAUGAGAAGGAGAUUCUGGGAGACCUUCAUACCCAAUUAACCACUGCAAUAGCAAUCAGCGAAAAAGAGGUUGAUGAAAUAAACAAGAUUGAAGAAAGGCUAAAUGUUAUUCAGGGGAAGGUUAUGUGUUGGGAAAGAUAUUGGCCUAUGAUCUGGGACUCGGGUCUUGAUGAAGCUACUGAGUAUCUAAAUGCCGCUGACGAAGCCCGACAGGUGACUAAAAAACUGGAAAUCUUGUGUAUGACUGAAGAUAGAAAAAAGGAGAUGCUUCAGAGGGCUCGAAAUCUUCUUCAAAUCUCAAUGGGAAGGCUUCAGGAGGAGUUCAAGCACAUGCUUACUAAAAAUAGACAACCCUUUGAGCCAAAACAUGUGCCUGUUGUUUCAAUUGCCGUCAAUGCAGUCUCAAAAAUCUCUCUUGACAAUAAACUGGUUAGGGAUUUGAAGCUAAGAAAAAUCAUUAACAGAAAUUCAAAGGAAUUCACCAUUAAUUUGGUUCAAUACGAUGUUAUCCCUGAGCUCAGACGUAUUGCGAAUGUGAUGUCCAUUUCUGGUUAUGCUAAUGAAUGUUCUCUGGCAUAUAUUAGCAUUCAAAGGAGCGCUUUGGAUGAAUGUCUCCGCAUUCUUGAAAGGGAGAAACUGAGAACUGAAGAUGUGCUGAAACUGGAUCAGGUAAGCUUAAAAUCGAAGAUCAAGAGAAGGAUCCAGACUAUGAAGAUGUUUAUGCGUGUCUAUCUUGCUAGUGAUAAACGGCUCUCUGAACAGAUUUUCGGGGAACUUGGAACUGUUAAUUUGGUUUCAUUUACUGAGCCUUUAGUGCUUCAGCUAUUGACCUAUUUUGGCGAAGCCAUAUCUACUGGUCCCGGAAAUCCAGGAAAGUUGUUCCAUUUACUAGACAUGUAUGAGGUCCUGGCAGGUCUUCUCCCAUAUUUAGAUUCUUUGUACUCUGACAAAGCUAUUUCUCAAGUAAUAGUGGACGGUGAUAUGGUUCUAAGGGGAUUGGCUGAUUCUGUAAGGAAAACACUUGAUGAGUUUGAGGAUUCCAUUAUGACAUACACAAUGACAGAGCCUUUUGGAGCUGAAGGAAUUCACCCACUCACAAAAAAUGUCAUGAAUUACAUCAGUGCUCUCACAGGCUACCACGAGACACUUGAUUUUCUCCUCAAUGACCAUUGUGGAGAACACCCCAUGCCAGCACCCUCUUGCAUGAGUUCAGGUGUGGAAGAAGAGAACUUAAGUGGAGGCACAUGCGAUUUUUCCCCAAUCGCUCGGCACUCUUUGUCGAAUGAUUCAAUUCUAAAAUGGCUCAGCAAUGGCUCCUCGAUGAGUCCAUCUACUAAAGGAGAUAGCAUAAGUGGAGGUACAUGCAAUCUAUCCCCACUGGCUCUGCACUUUCGAGCAUUUUCUUGUAUUCUAGAAUACAAGCUCUACAACAAGGCCAAGUUAUUUAAAGAUGCUUCUUUGAAGCACAUAUUCUUGAUGAACAAUAUACAUUACAUGGCUCAAAAGAUUAAGUAUUCAGAACUUCAGUUUAUACUAGGAGCGGAGUGGAUUCAAGAGCACGACUGGGAAUUCCAACAGCAUGUGAGGAACUAUACGACAGUUACUUGGAGUCCAGUCCUCUCUUUAUUGAAGGAUGAGGGGAAUACCAAUUCGUAUGCUGUCUCGAAAGUCCAUGUGGAGGAAAAGCUUCGGAGCUUUUAUCUUGCUUUUGAAGAGGUCUGUGGGGCUCAGACAGCAUGUUUUAUCCCUGAUGACCAGCUUCGUGAAGAUUUACGAAAUUCGACUUCCCUCAAAGUGAUCCGUGCAUAUCAGAAAUUUGUUGAACGACAUACUGAUCACGUAAGCGACAAGCACAUUAAGUACAGUGAUGAUUAUUUACAGAAUCGCUUGUUGCAACUCUUCGAGGGAUCCCAACUUAAGAUCAUGGCAUAACCCCCACAGGAGAUGAUAUUGUUAAAAAUUGCUUCAGUACUGUUAUAGGUCGUCUUUUUAUUAUAUUAGUUUCAGAUAUCUGUUUCAGCAAAUAAAUUUGCUAUAGUCUUUAGGAGUUGUUAGUAUGUUAACAACAUAUUGCAGAUCAUAGCGUGAAUUUCAUCUAUUAAUUUGCAUUUAAGUUUGUUUUUUCAGGUAUUUAAUUCUAAAGAUGUUAAUCAAAUAAAGAGAAUCAAUUUUCCCU